AUGGGCUACACUGUUGUUAUUGUUGGGUUAUGGACAUGGUGUUGUGAUCUUUACAUGUCCUUUGCUAUGGCACAACACGUGUUUAAUAGAUUUUCAUUGGUGGCUUCGGUGGAACCCCCACUCAUUAAUGUUAAAAACAUUAGUUAUCUAAAAUUCUCUGCAGUUACUCAACUGCUGGACUCAUAUUUUCUUCUUGUGCUUCUUCGAGGCCCAAAUCCAAUCCACCAAAUGGAUCAGAAAUUUGAUUCUGUGAAAGACCUUUCUCUCAUUUCAGAGAAGAACUGGUGCAUUAAAGUAAGAAUUUUGAGGAUGUGGAAGGUUCCCUCAUAUGAAAAGAGCUACUCGCAACCUUCAGUGGAGUUGGUUGUCAUUGACAAAGAUGGAACUCGGAUCCAUUGUUUCAUCCGGUCUGUCCAUUACCGGCUUUUUGAACCUAUCCUUGAGGAGGGAAAGGUGUUUGUUGUGGGCAACUUCGCAAUGGACUCAAACACACAGAAAUACAGACCCACCAAGCUUAGCAUGCGGAUCAUAUUUAAGAGGGACACAUUGGUGUCUGGUGCUGAUGACAUGGAUAUUCCAAUUGAGUCAUUUGAUUUCGUGGCAACCAAGGAAAUCUUAUCAUCCGUUAAGGAUGACUUAUAUCUUAUUGAUUUUGUUGGUCUACUGUCCGCAAAGAGUGAGUUGAUUCCUUUUGAAUAUAGGAAUCGGAAGUCACAUUACAUGAAAAUCGAGCUUGAUGAUCUGAGUGGCAGUGAGAAGCUUUCAUGCACCUUGUGGGAAAAUUAUGCCUCUGAAUUGAUAACUCUUCUUGAUGCGAACAAGGCCACUGAAUUUAUAAUUGUGCUCCAAUUUGCCAAGAUGAAGUUCUACAAUGGUGUUAUGACUAUAACCAACACAAACUACACCACAAGGCUCACGGUUAAUGCUAAUCUUGAAGUGGUUAAGAAAUUCUGUCAAAACAAGCACAGCACCAGCGUUGAAGUUAUUGGCCGGGUUGUGAGGCAUUCUCCAUCUGAAGAUUUUCUCAGCCUUACCCCUUAUGCUACCAUACAUCAAAUAAAGGAAACUCUUGAGAAAUCAACCUUCGUCACAUGUGGAACGGUAAUCGACAUUGACAGGGAUCAUGCAUGGUGGUACAAGGCUUGCAGGCAAUGCACACAAGGACUGGAGGCACUUACUGACCAAUUUUAUUGUGCAAAGUGCGAUGUUUACUCUACAGUUUUUGCCCCCAGGUUCUGCAUUCAGGUUCGUGUUGGUGAUGAGUCAGAUACCGCAACUUUUGUUCUAUUUGAGAAUUGUGCGUCAAAGUUCUUAGGUCUAACUGCCGCUGAGAUCCGCACCAGACUGCUUGCUAGGGGAUAUGGAAGAGACCAUUUCCCAGAUGAGCUUAAUACACUGAUUGGGAGGACACUUCUGUUCAAGCUUACUGUUAGGCAUGAUAGCUUAAAUAAAUUUCAGCCAUGCGUGAUUACCGUUUCAAGGAUAUGUUCUGACCCAGACAUUAUCUCCUCACUUGCUUUAGAAAAGAACAUUAAAUUGGAUGCACUGCAGAAAUUGACCACGGCUGCGGUUGUUCGAAGCAGUGACUUGGUUGGGUCUGAGAGCAUACUCGGCGUCCGUGGAUCCACCACCACUCCGAGUCCCAAUUCUGAUGCAGUUUCUGGUCACGGGGCUGCCCACGUGGUUACACAUACUCCUGUUAAGCGGGUUUGCAUUAGAUCCGGCGGCGACUUCUCAUCCCGUGCCACACCCUCAGCCUCCAAGAGUCUCCUCCCUGCCUUUGAGAGCUGCGUCCUAGGGAAUGUCACCAACCCUGAUGCAGGGGACAUAUGA